CAUCAAAGUCAUCGAUGAUCAUUUCCGUAACGGGGUCAGCAUGAAAGACCCUCCUCUGCUUCCGCGAUCAGUCAAAGAGAAUAGUCAGCCUUAAAAUAGAAGGCUGGAUUUUUAGUCGAUAGAUAGAAGAAGGUAGAAGAAGAGGAGGGGAAACAAAGUUCCAAUCGUUGAGCAUUCUCUUCCCGUGCAUUCGAUCGUAGUUUAGGGUUUUCUUUGGCUCCCAAAAAGCAUUCCGCCCCCUUUCUGGAUCUGCCGCACAAUCUCCGUCUGGUCGAUUCGAUCGCCGGCCAUGGAAUCGUCCCCCGCGAGCCCCGAUUCCAACCGUGGGCAAGGCGGUGCUGGCGAAAUGGGCUUCUCAAGGAGAUACGGAAACCGCCUUGCGCCCUCCUCUUUGGUCCACGCGCUUUUGGAGUAUUCCGGAGUCUUGCGGGAGCGGGCGAACCAGUCGGAGAACGAAAGUUUGGUCGUUGGAGCGAUGCGAGAUGGGCAGAUCGGGGAUGCUUCUCCUCCCAGCGGAAGCGGGGAGGUUGCUAUAAGGAUAAUCUCGGUCGAGGAUCAGGAGCGUCUCCGGAUGGGGCCAAAUCAGGCCCAGCACCUGGCAGCUGGGUCGUAUCAGGUGGUGAGCCCCGGCGGAAAUGGCGACUCAAGAGAACUGUUCACUGUUUUGUCCGAGAGGCUUGGAAGAGAUGGAGUGAACGAAAUUGGCGUAGGGGAUGUUGAUUCUUCUUCAGCAUUACCGGAUGCUAUGUCGAGCAAUAGUGGUCAGAGCACGGACGGCGAGGCAAACACACCCACUGCUAAUGUUAGGGACUCUGCGAACCAGAGAUACAAUAUCCAACCGAUUGCUAGGUGGAUUGAGCACAUACUGCCGUUCUCGUUGCUUCUUUUAGUAGUGUUCAUCAGACAGCAUCUGCAAGGUUUCUUCAUCACUAUUUGGAUUGCUACAGUGUUGUUCAAAUCAAAUGACAUUUUGAGAAAGCAAACUGCUUUAAAGGGCGAGCGAAAAAUACCUAUACUUGUUGGAAUUGCUCUAGCCUUCACAAUUCAUUUACUUGGUGUGUACUGGUGGUGCAGGAAUGAUGACCUUCUAUACCCAUUUAUCAUGCUAGCUCCCAAAGAAAUACCUCCAUUCUGGCAGGCCUUAUUUAUCAUUAUGGUUAAUGAUACAAUGGCGCGGCAAGCUGCUAUGGUGGUCAAGUGUGUUCUGUUGAUGUACUUCAAAAAUAGUAGGGGCCCUAAAUAUCGAAAGCAGGGCCAAAUGCUAACUCUUGUUGAAUACCUGCUGCUUUUGUACCGUGGCUUGUUGCCAGCACCUGUUUGGUAUCGUUUUUUUCUGAACAAAGAAUAUGGAAGCAUCUUUUCCUCUCUAAUUACAGGACUCUACCUUACCUUCAAGUUGACAUCAAUUGUUGAGAAGGUUCAAUCUUUUGUCGCUGCUGUAAAGGCGCUAUCGCGCAAAGAAGUACAUUAUGGUUCUUAUGCAACAAUGGAACAGGUAGUUGCUUCUGGUGACCUAUGCACUAUUUGCCAGGAGAAGUUGCAUAUUCCAAUCCUACUCAGCUGUAAUCACAUCUUCUGUGAAGAUUGUGUCUCUGAAUGGUUCGAGAGAGAAAGGACCUGCCCCUUGUGCCGAGCUGUGGUGAAACCGGCAGACAUUAGAUCAUUUGCGGAUGGUUCCACCAGCUUAUUUUUCCAGCUCUUCUGAUUUGUUGUACAAAAAUUAGAUGCCAACAUUUUGGUCGAAAGUAACUGCGUGGGCUUCUUACGUUUGCAUUAUUGUCCAGUCUCCAACAGUUUCAGCACUCGCCCCAUCUUAUCUGGAGUGGCACAGACCAACAGUGACUGAUAUUGUGACCGAAGCCUCGUACCGCAUUUAUGCAUUAUAUGGUAAAUUUCGCCUUAGCACUUGAAAAAUUCAACUUGUAGUUAUUGUACAUUGAAUUUCCAUUCCUUAGUUGUUAGAGAUCCUUGGGCGAAUUUUACAUGUAUUAACAUUGCCAAUUGACAGCCGUAAUUUAUUUCUUCUUUUUUAAUUUCCAAAAGAAAAUAUUUCCCUUUUGAUAUCCAUGCA